AGUCGGAGCUGGCUGGGUGCCGGGCGCGGCGAGUGUGCGGGCGGCAGCCGCGCUCUGCUUCUUCCGUAGCCCGGAGAAUUGAAACUUCCGUGGGAGGCUCCCAUCGGUGCACACCUCCCGAGGGCGCAAGGGCCUGGGAGAGAGGGAGAGCCGGUCGGAGGCUGCCAGGCACCCGUGGGAGCGAGCUGCAGCCGGAGAGGCGGAGGAGGGGGACCGGCGCAAGCCACCCGCCUGGACCCGCGCGCAGCAGCCGCCUCCAGCCCGGCAGGCUCCCGGGACUGCGGCGGGGGCGCGCUGGCCCCUCGCCCGCGUCCAGGACCGCUGCGUGCGUGCGCUGGGAGGACUGACCUCCAGUCCCGCGGCGGGGAGCGUUGGGGCUGCUCCUGGGAGGCCUUCCUGGGCGGCGCGGCCGGAGCCAUGCGGACCGAGUUCGAAGCUGAGCAGGCUGAGCGCUGCCGGCCGCUGCACUUGCUGCCCGGAGCCCUGCGCGCGCUGUCCGCCUUCUCGACCCCUUCUCGUUCUAGAGGGGAGUAAAAGAAGGGAGAGUCGCCCCGACUCGUGGGCGGGACCCCGAGUCUCAAACCCUGCGGCAGCGCCCUGGCUCCGGGUCCGCAGCGGCGUGCCCAGCGGUCAUCCGACUACAGGGAUCGUCCCCUCGGGGAUGCACAGAGCGGUUCCUGUCGCGGGUGAAGCCUCCAGGGGCUGCGGCACCGCAGCCCCAGGGGCCCUCUGACUGCACGAGGAGAGUUCCAUCAGCGCGGACCCACUCUCAAAGCCGCCCCUUCCGGACCAGGCUACCGGGCUGAGAGAGGGGAUGGCUUAGAAGUCCCCUGGCCCAGCAGCCCGGCGUCGUCGGCUCCCGGACGUCGCGGCAGAGGGCAGUGGCCCUUGCGGGAAGCGCCGUGAAGGGACACUCAGUGAAGAGGUUCCGGCCUCAGUACUCCAGGGACCCGGGUCCCGGGGGCCACGACUUCCCGGAGACCGCUCUACGCCCUCUGGAGACGCGCCGCCCGCGCCCAGGGUGGUGCCAUGUGGGGAGGACGCCGCCCGUCGGCCGCCUCCUCCCGAACCGCGGCUUCACUCCUGCAGCUGCUGCUGGCCGCGCUGCUGGCGGCGGGGGCGCGGGCCAGCGGCGAGUACUGCCACGGCUGGCUGGACGCGCAGGGAGUCUGGCGCAUCGGCUUCCAGUGCCCCGAGCGCUUCGACGGCGGUGACGCCACCAUCUGCUGCGGCAGCUGCGCGUUGCGCUACUGCUGCUCCAGCGCCGAGGCGCGCCUGGACCAGGGCGGCUGCGACAACGACCGCCAGCAGGGCGCUGGUGAGCCUGGCCGGGCGGACAAAGACGGCCCCGACGGCUCGGCAGUCCCCAUCUACGUGCCAUUCCUCAUCGUUGGGUCCGUGUUUGUCGCCUUCAUCAUCUUGGGGUCACUUGUGGCGGCCUGUUGCUGCAGAUGCCUCCGGCCUAAGCAGGAGCCCCAGCAGAGCCGGGCCCCAGGAGGGAACCGCUUGAUGGAGACCAUCCCCAUGAUCCCCAGCGCCAGCACUUCCCGAGGGUCAUCCUCCCGUCAGUCCAGCACAGCUGCCAGCUCCAGCUCCAGCGCCAACUCAGGGGCCCGGGCACCCCCAACAAGGUCACAGACCAACUGCUGCUUGCCCGAGGGUACCAUGAACAAUGUGUAUGUCAACAUGCCCACCAAUUUCUCCGUGCUGAACUGUCAGCAGGCCACCCAGAUUGUGCCCCAUCAAGGGCAGUAUCUACAUCCCCCAUACGUGGGGUACACGGUGCAGCACGACUCGGUGCCCAUGACUCCCGUUCCCCCUUUCAUGGACGGCCUGCAGACAGGCUACCGGCAGAUCCAGGCCCCCUUUCCUCACACUACUAGCGAACAGAAGAUGUACCCAGCCGUGACCGUGUAACUCAAGGCGCCAGCGGGUUCCUGUACGAGACCGGGGGAAACAGGCAAACUCUGGACUUGGCAAGGAUUCUCAAAGUGGAAGUCCAUGCACACCGGUGGCAUUGAUGGCACAAUUCUUUGGGAUGGCUUCAUUUGCCCCCAAACUGUGUGAAAAUGUCUCUCUCUGAAUUAGCUUCUCUGGAUAUGUUUCAUCCUAGUGCAUGAUUGAUUUAUGAUGAAAAAAGAGCAUCACCUAGAGAUGCCUGUGUUAUUCCCGAAGGUUGUAUGACACAUGCUUGAGCCCUUAAGUGCCCUUGAGGUAUGGCUGUCAGAAAUUUGUAAACGGAUAGAUUAAGGGUUUUAAUUAUGUCAUUAUUAUUAUUAUUAUUUCUGUCUUUUUACUGUACCAAGUCAGAACACCUGCCCCCCCCUUUUACCUGGGUAAGUUUUUUUCAUAAGCACCCAAGGUUUAGGGGAGGAUGUAAAGAAGACAAUUAUUAUAAAAGGAAAUCCAAUUUGAACUCUGAGAUUAGUCAUUGAUCUCAGUGUUUCACAGGCAUAUCUUAGUUUCAUUGUAAAAAGAUAUAUAUAUUUUGUCUAUUUUUGUGCUUUGUUUUGGGUCUAUUUUGUGCUUUUUUACCUUGUGUAGAGAUCUUAUUACAAAGUGAUUUUCUACAUUAAAAAGAGUCUGAAAGAAAUUCUAUAGUCACUUAACUAAUGACGUUUCAGAACUCUGGGAUUAUUUUCAUCUUGAAGUAGUGGGUGGUGUAGUAAUAAAGCCAUUCAUGCCCUUCUUGAUUGUAUCUUCUAUUUUUCCAACUUUAUAGUGACACCUGAGAAGAGGUAAUUAGAUGUGUUCUUGUAUUGAAAUCAUAAAAUGUCACCUGCUUCUCCAAGUAUGUUUAAUUUUACCACGUGGUAUGGCUUGGCAUUUCUUUUUGGUUUUCACAUCCCCGUGUCUCAAUAGUAUAAAGUACAGAUCAUUAUUGUUCUCAUAAUUAAGGAUCAGCAUUUUUGCCUAGAUCUGAUAAAACGUUUUCUUGUUUUCCCUAUAAAUAUCAAAGAAAUGCUUUACAAAGAUGCAGUAUAGCUCCUCAGCCACAAUCCGAGACUUGGGGUGAAAUUUAAACCACAAAUACAAUUUACUUUGCAAAUCAUAACGCUUUUUAUACUCUUGUUAUCAAAAUGGCUUAUUUUUCAGGCAAUAGGGACUAUUAAGUCAAGAGAAAAGCUUUUCAAAGAGAGAUUGCCUUUCUUUCCCCACAAAGUUAGUUCUUAUUCCCCUGUCGUUUAAUCUUCAUCAAGCACUGUAUUCAUUACCAGUGUUCUGAAGGAUGAAAUUCAAGUGAAUUUAUUUGUGUAUUGUUUACUUAUAAGAAAUAAGUUUAAGUAUGUGUAAGUAAAUUUCCAACUGUUAGCAAGAACCAAGAUUUGUAAUUAAAACAUUGUAAGGUUGGUCUUUUACACAUUUAUAUCAAUAUCUAUAGUCUGUCAUCUAUCAUCUAUCUAUCUAUCUAUCUAUCUAUCUAUCUAAUCUAUCUUCAAUCCA